AGAUGGCUCAUGAGGGUGGCGGUGCGGAUGGGUCGCCGCAGCACACGCCAUCGCCGCCGCACGCGCCACGCCUCCCCCUAGCAGACACCAGCUUCCAUCAACAGAUCAUGCAGAAUCAGAGCUCGAGAAAGAACCAUAUUGCGGAGAGAGCAAAACAAACAUUAGAGAAUAAUUUCCUGCUGCAACUAAAGAAGCAGCAACAGCUGCAACAGGAGAUCCUGCUCCAACACUUUCAACAACAGAGUCAGAAACUAGCGCAAGAACAUGAGCAACAGUUGCGACAUCACCUGAAGCAGAUGUGGGAGCAGCAGAAGGCGCUGGAGGAGGCGGCGCUUCGGGAAGCGAGAGAGGCGCGGGAGGCGCGCGAGGCUAGAGAGAGACACGAGCGAGACCGCGUCGAACUAAUGAGGAAGAAGGACAAGCUCGAACCUAGCGCCAAUGCAUCCACGCAGGUCAAACAGAAGCUACAGGAGUUUUUGAAGAAGAAAGCGGCCGCCAACGCUAACGGAACAGUACCUGGAUCACCCUACAGAAAUUGGGGCAUAGUGAAGUCGAGUAGCGGCGAGAGUAUAACGUCGACGGGCGCGGCGGCCACGCACCCGUACAGGCUGGCCGCGCCCCUCCCCCUCGCCGCCCUCAACGCCGCGCCGCCCCCGCCCUCGCCCAGCGACUACCCGUUGCGCAAGACUGCGUCGGAGCCCAACAUGCUGAAGGUGCGGCUGAAGGCGCGCGUCAUCGAGCGCCGCGCCUCGCCCCUCGCGCGCCGCCCGCUCAAGCAGCGCGUCAAGCAGCAUUGCGACGGCACCCCUAUCUCACCGCGGGGGUCGCCGCCAGGGGGCGGGGGCGGGGGCACGGCCACGCCCAUCCGCGAGGAGGAGGAGUGCGGGCGCGCGGCCGAGCUGCUGUUCUCCUCCCCCUCCAUGCCCAACAUCUCACUCGGCAGGCCGCACACCCAUCCACAUCCCCCGCCGCAGGUGUCGGUGUCGCUGCCGCCGGUAUCCGAGGCGGAGGCGUUCUGCCCGGCCGGCGUGGGUGUGGGCGUGGGCGGAGUGGGCGUCGGCGGGGUGGGCUUGGUGGGGGGGCGGCUGGGCAAGCGGCCGCUGGGCCGCACGCACUCCGCCCCCCUGCCGCUGGGCGACCCCGCGCUGCAGCCCCCCACCGCACACCACUACCUGCGCGACCAGAUACGGAAAACUGUGCUGACGCGGGCCCACGACGCGGCGGCGGCGCAGCUGCGCGAGGAAGAAGGCGAGGUGAUAGACCUGACGGCGCGGCGGACGGAGGCCGCCCCCGCGCUGCCCCCGGGCGCCCCCGCCGUCCCCGCGCCCCCCGCGGUGGAGCCGGCCCCGCUGGCGCGCGCGCUUUCCUCGCCCCUCGUGGGGGCGCGCGCCCCCGCCACCGGCCUCGCGUACGACCCUAUCAUGCUCAAACACGGUUGCGGAUGCGGCGCGCACGCCCCCACGCAUCCGGAGCACGGGGGCCGGCUGCAGUCCGUGUGGGCCCGACUGUGCGAGACCGGACUGGCGGGCCGGUGCGAGCGGACGAGGCCGCGCAAGGUGGGUACACCGAUGGCAUUUUACGCUCCUACGCACCUAAGCGGAACGUAUCGAGUCGAAUACUAA